UUAUUGUUAAUCGUUAUUUUAUUUUUAUUGUACAGUACGAAAAGAUUCCCCGGUUACGAUAGUGAAUCAAAAACUUUCAAAGCCGAUGUACAUAGAAGACAUAUAUUUGGUAAYCAUGUUGCUAAUUAUAUGAAAAUUUUGCAAGAARAUGAUGAAACUUACAAAAAACAGUUUUCGCAAUAUAUUAAAAAUGGAAUUAGUGCUGAUGGUAUUGAGGAUAUGUAUAAAAAAGCACACGAAGAGAUACGAGCUAAUCCGGAACACGUUCCAAUAUUAAGGAAGAAAGAACCUGUAAAGAGGAGGUGGAACCGUGCWAAAGUAWCGCUGUCCGAAAAAAAGAAUCGGGUGGCACAGAAAAAAGAAUCUUUCCUCAAAACAUUGAGGAAGGAAGAAAUGGAAGCCUAAAAGGCUUAUUAUUAUUGUUACACCUCCCCAUACACGGUUAAGUUACUAGGCUAGUAACUUUUUAUUUAUAUUUGUUGGGAAGGCGCCAUGGGUGGAAAAAAUAAACACAAGCGUUUGUACUUAAUAAGUUUGCUUAUGCAGCCAUUCAGAGAACUACAUAGAAAAAGGCAAAAUAUGUGUAAGGUGAAAUGCAAGUUAACAUUUAGCACGACCGAACAGGAACUGCGUUGAAGAUAUAUAUGCUUAAUGCGGCGGCCGUAACAAGAAGGAGGGUGCCACCUUCGUAUUCACAUGUGGGGAACAAGGUUAACGGAAAAGGUUGAUCUGGAGAUUUACGCGAUAGUCGUCAAUUAAAGUAACAAAAAUAUAUAAAUUUAUUAACAAGA